AUGGAGAUAAUUUGGAGACCUUCAGACAUAAGCACUAUUUGUCCUGAACAACAAGCACCUUUAACACAAUGUUCGGCAACAGGCGUGAUGUUCUUGACUCUAGUAACCCAAUUAUUUGGUGACGUAUCAUAUAGUAUACCAGAAAAUCCAUACCAAGGAUAUAUUAGUCCACAAAACUAUGCAUUUCCAGAAAGUUCUAUUGGCCGUCCCAGUGAUGACGGUUCCAAAAAUGGCUAUUCGAAAUUCGAAUCUAAGCCGCCAAUUUUUGACUUUGAAUCUUUGAAAAAUUCGUUUGAAGAUUUAAUGACCGCUGGUGCUAUGCCGGAACAAGUUAAAACGGAGUCGAAAAGAACUAAGAGAGAAAGAAGAUCAAGAAAUAAGAGACAUUCAGAAGAAUAUGAUUUCAUUAUCGUUGGAGCCGGUUCCGCUGGAUGUGUUCUAGCGAACCGCCUAUCCGAAGUGAAAAAAUGGAAGGUGCUUCUGAUAGAAGCAGGCCCUGAAGAGCCAGAUGUUACAAUGGUACCUGCUUUUCCCCCAGUUCUUGGGAGAUCCAGUAUCGACUGGAACUACAGGACACAGCCAGAAAAACUAACGUGCAGAUCCAUCAGAGGUCACACGUGCGCUUGGACAAGAGGCAAGACUAUGGGAGGAUCCAGCGCAGUCAACUACUUAGUGUAUAUGAGAGGAAAUAAACGUGACUAUGAUAAUUGGGCAGAACUCGGCAAUCAAGGAUGGAGCUAUCGAGAAGUCUUACCAUACUUCAAAAAAUCUGAAAAUAAUCGAGAUAUUGAAUCUCACGAUAAAUAUUAUCAUUCAGUUGGUGGACCAUUGAACGUGGAAAGAUUUUCUUAUGUCGAUGUAAGCACAAUGAUGUUAGUUGAAGCUUUUAGAGAAAAAGGUUUGCCAAUAAAAGAUUUGACAAAGGAAGAUAAUAUAGGAACUGACAUAGGAUUAUCUACUUCUAAAGAUGGACGAAGAAUGUCGACAAAUAUUGCAUUCAUAAAACCCAUACGAGAUGUCAGACCUAAUUUACAUAUUGAAGUAAAUGCUUUUGUUACUAAAAUAAUAAUAGACCCUCAUACAAAGACAGCUAAGGGCAUAACUUAUUUCAAAAAUGGCAUUGAGUAUAAUGUGUAUGCUAAAAAGGAAGUUAUUGUCAGUAGCGGUGCAAUAAAUUCCCCAAAAAUACUUAUGCUCUCGGGUAUCGGUCCUAAGCAUCAUCUUGAAAGUCUAAAUAUACCCGUGCUAGCUGAUUUGAAUGUUGGACAUAAUUUGCAAGAUCAUGUAACCACUGAAGCUUUGAUUAUGUCUCUUUCAAACAAAACUUCAACAUUAGUAAAUGAUCAUGAAUUAUUAAAUGAGGUAUAUAAAUACAAACAACAACAUCCAAAAAAACAUGGACCCUUAGCAACAACUAGUACUUUAAAUGGCAUAGCUUUCAUUAAAACGAAAUAUCAAUAUGAAAAUGUACCAGAUAUUCAAUUCCAUUUUGAUGGAAGAAACGUUGAAGAAUUCUAUUCAGAUCCUACAACAUAUAUAGCAACGAAUACAUUACCUCUAUCUUUCUAUAAUGGACUUGCAGCAAGACCUCUUUUACUCGUCCCAAAAAGCAAAGGCUUCAUUUUGUUGAACCAUACUGAUCCAAUUUUUGGCCCGCCAUUAAUAUAUCCAAGAUAUUUCACCGUUAAAGAGGAUUUAGAUGUAUUAAUAGAAGGUUUGCGAUAUGCCAUUAGUUUAGAGGAUACAGAUGCAUUUAAGCAGAGUGGUGCAAGUUUCGUUAAAAUACCAGUACAAAGCUGUACAGAGUACAUUUGGGGGACAUAUGACUAUUUAGCAUGUUUGCUUAUAGAAUAUACCGGAACAAUUUAUCAUCCAGUGGGUACAUGCAAAAUGGGUCCUGAAUGGGACACCGAUGCAGUUGUUGAUCCGAAAUUGCGCGUAUAUGGUAUUAAAAAACUAAGAGUGAUCGACUCAUCUAUAAUGCCAGUCAUAACCAGGGGUAACACGAACGCGCCUACAAUUAUGAUAGCAGAAAAAGCAUCAGAUAUAAUCAAAAGAGAUUGGUUAUCAUAA